GGUCUCGGAGGGAACCCCGAAGAGAGAAAAAAAAAGAUAGGACUGCUGAUGCUGAAUCCGCCCACUACUCAACUGACAGUGGUGUGGCUUUCGACUUUUUUGUGUAAAUAUAUGCCUGUCAUGUUUUUAAACAGCUGAUUGUCAUCUACUUGGGAAUACACAUUUGGAUUAUCUCUCGCGUUCCGUUAUAUGAGACGGAGCCAAACGAUCCAGCAACAUAUCCCGUCUUUCUUCAUUCCACUUGUCGGUUGGUGACAGUAGGCACGUUAGUCUGCUGCCAGAAGUAGAUAACGGGUAACAACAAGUGUGACGAUACCAUAGAAUGCCUGUUUAUUCAAAAAUCCCCAGAUAUCAGCAGACCAGCUGCAUGGAAUCAAAGUAUUGGAAUGGCCAACACUCUGUACAGGCAGCAAGAGACAAAGUUAAGGGAGGGGACUGUGUGGUGACCAAUGAAUGUUGGACUGGAAAGGAUAACUUUGCCAAAUGAAAUAAUCUAGGACUGCUCAGAAGGUGCUUCAUGGAAUAAAUAUACAUUAAAUUGUAUCAGCUGCUGUCCUCCAGGGUGUUGUGGUAAACUGGAUUUUCCAGAAUUUUGAACCUGAUGUCAUUAAAACAGCAUGACCACACUUUGGGUAGAACUCUGUGUUCCAUAGUUGGAGGAAAUUUUACCCUUGCGUGGUUAAACUUGUUUUCAUUUGUCUUUAAUCCUGUCCCAAGAUUGAAAUGAAGAAAGUUGCUUACUGGUCCCCGAAAGAGGUGUCCAGCUGGUUAGUGGAAGAAGGCAUGCAGGAAUACUUGGAAUCCUUCCAGAACCUAAAUGGUCAAGCUCUGCUGCAGUUAACGGAGGAUGAUUUAAAAAAAAACCCACUUUCAAAGAUUACCUCUGAUAGUGGCAGGCAUCUUUUGGACAAGAUUGAGACACUUAAAAUUGAACAUCAUAUUGAGGUUCACAAAAAUGGUCAUGCUAAUGGACACCUAAGCAUUGGCAUCAAUGAAGGUUCCAACAAAAAUAAAAGAAAUGGCAUCCCAAAUGGUUUUCGUAAGGAAGUGGUACAGAUACCUAUGCCACAACCAGAACGUUCUCCCUUCCCUCUCGAAUGGGGUAAAACACUUGUAGCCUUUAUUUAUGCCCUUUCUUGUUUUCUGCUCACUACGAUCAUGAUUUCAGUGGUCCAUGAACGAGUGCCUCCCAAGGAGGAAACCCCUCCACUGCCUGACAAAUUCUUUGACUUUUUUGACCGUGUUGAAUGGGCAUUUUCAAUCUGUGAAGUCAUUGGCAUGAUUCUUGUCAUUCUUUGGUUUGUUCAGUGGAUAUUUCUGAAAUACAAAUCCAUUAUUGGACGGAGGUUUUUCUUUAUUGUUGGCACAUUGUACUUGUACAGGUGCAUAACAAUGUAUAUCACUACACUCCCCGUGCCUGGCAUACAUUUUAAGUGUUCUCCAAAGCUGUUUGGAAACUGGGAAGCCCAAAUGAGGCGAAUUAUGAAGAUGAUUGCUGGAGGAGGCCUAUCAAUCACAGGGUCACACACUAUGUGUGGUGAUUACCUGUACAGUGGACACACAGUCAUGUUAACUCUCACAUAUUUGUUUAUUAAAGAGUAUUCUCCCAGACGAUUUUGGUAUUAUCACUGGGUCUGUUGGCUUCUCAGUGUUGUUGGAGUAUUCUGUAUUCUGCUCGCCCACGACCACUAUACUGUGGAUGUUGUGGUAGCUUAUUUUAUCACUACAAGACUUUUUUGGUGGUAUCAUACCAUGGCCAAUCAACAAGUGCUAAAAGAAGCCUCUCAAACUAACUUUUCUUCUCGAGUUUGGUGGUUCAGAGCCUUCAAGUAUUUUGAACAGAAUGUUCAAGGGAUUGUACCACGAAACUAUCAAUGGCCAUUCCCUUGUAGACCAUCUUUUAUCAGCAGACAAGUGAAAUAUAAUCGAAUAGACACAUAAUGACCCCAGAAACUGACACCUGCCCCGAUUUCACAGGUGGGGAUGGGGAGUUGCUGAAGGACCACCUAAAGUGCUAUGAUCUCGCUAUGAGAAGAUGCCAUAGUGAACUUUUUGCUGUUCUUUCCCUGUUUAUUUCUCACCUUUGACUUGUUCCAGUUCAGCUGGUCCACACUGUGAUUAUAUUUUCUUUCCAUUUCCAAAGGACUUUGGAUAAAUAAUUACAACAUGCACUGUACAGAUUUUUUUGUUGAUAGAUUUUGUAUUCUGCCAUUAGCCAAAACCAUGCUUCUUUGUAAAUCCUGCAAACAUUUAAGCAGUUUUUAUUCUAAUUUAACCUUCCCACUCUUGGGUGGAGGAAACACAAAUAUAUUAAUUCCACUGAUUUGGCUGUAUGCCUCAUUCAUGCCUUUACUAUGUGCAAAAUACAUAUUGCCUCUUUAGAAGAUUACAGUAAAAUUUUAAUAAUUUGUGUUACUACCAAUUUAAAAUCCAGGAAGGUUGUGCGAUUCUUUUUUGCAAGUUUUUUAGCGAGCAGCCUUUUUGUAAGAAUAUUCACUAAACAUGGAAAAAAGGUGCAAAAAAACUGUUUUUUCUAAGUAUUUCACAGGUUAUUUUUCAAACUAAAGAUAUGUUAAGAAAAACAAAUGGUCUUUUAGAUUUUUACAUUUUGGAAAGAAAGUAAGUGGAAAAGAAAAAUUGAGUAAUCUUUUCUGUUUUCUAGUGCCUUUCUUGUCCUGAUUGUAUAGUCCGUUGGUGGUCUCAUUGAUGUCUUUAUUUAAAAUAAAAAUGUACAUUUUGAGAUAUACAGUUGUUUUUGCUUAAACCAUGAAAAGGAUGUCAGUUAAAUUCAAAGCAGUGGCCUAUGUUAGACUCAAAAAGUUAUAUUGUUUGUGAAGCUUCACAACCCUCCUAUUCAUGGUUAUCACUAAAUAUUGAAUGUAAUAUUUAUUUUAGCCAUAAAACUAAUUUGUCUUCCUAUAUCAUUAUCUUAUUGUGCUUAGUAUUAAUCAUUAUUUAUUCCUAAAAUAUGACUGUUUAAAUUUUGAAAGAUUUAAUUUUGUCACAAUUGGUGGAAUUCCAUUCAUUUUUACUAAAUCAUAAAUUUUUUUGAAGAUUUAAUUUUAAUUUUUCCCUCUGUGACCCAUCCAUUUCCUGUGUUUGUAAAAUCUGCAACAUCAACAAAAGUGUUGCAUGGUAUUAAGACCAGAAAAAGAAGGCAUAACUGAGAACGAAGGUGACUUCUAGAAUUUGUCAGACUCUGCCUCACCUUCCCCAUCCAUACUCAGUUAGUAAAAUGAGACUAUAAUCUGAAAGGAAUUACUUCUUCCGUUCACUUAUCAUUCUCAGUGUUAUGGUUAUGAUUUGUGUGGCAUACAAUUUCGAGGGUCUUUUAACUAACAAGGUGGAAAAGUUAUUGUUCAAUAAUAGUUUAGAAGAGACAAUGUUUGGAGCUAAAUUGUACCAAAUGUCCUAAAUCUUAAUCACAAAAGAAAUGUAAGGAAUAAAAUGCUCGUUAGAAAUGGGCGUGCCAUAACUGUAUGUACAUAUAAAUUAUUUUAAUAUAAAAGUCAUAAUACAAACAUCAGUCCUCCCUAACGUACAGAUUCUUCCAAAAAUUGCUUCUGUCCUGGAAGCAGAAAUAAACAGUGCUUUAAUUGAGACCUCAUUAGGGAGGCCCAUAAUAUAUUUUAUUUCUAGAUGGAAUUUAUAAUAUUUGUGCAGACAAUGCAUGUAGUUUACAAGCAUCGCUCCUUGCCAUCAACUACGGCAGGUAAAAUUAUAUUCAUUAUUGCCAAUAUGUAAAACAAAUUAGUUUUUUAAGGAAGUAAAUCUAAUUAUUCUGUAUUUUAUGUGAAACAGAGGUCAUUUUAUGUAGAUUGUUUUUGUGUACACACCAGAUGCUAUUUGUAUUGUUAAACAAUUAAGGUGAAGGAUGGAAAAUAAAAGGCUUUUAAAGGAA